GCAUCCCUGGUGGGAGGAACUGAGACGCAAGGAAAAGACGCAAGUGAGGGAAACGGGGAUGCAAAUAAGAGACUUGGGAUGUACCCUAAGACGCGAGGCGAGGAGUCAAGGAAAUGAAUCGAGGAUGUUCAAACUGGGAUAUAAGCAUAGGCUAUACGAAAGGCCUAAAAUAACGACAACAUCACCCACACUGCACAGCGCUUGAACGUCAUCACAACAGGAAGUGUCUGAGGCUGUGCCGUAACGCUGUCGGUGUGGCAAGAACAAGUGAGUAACACUGCGGUAGUUCAGUGUGUCUACGAGGGAAACGGUUCCCCUUCUGCCGGCGCCCAUGGACGACGCCCAGGAACAACACACCCCUAUAAGGAAGAAAUAAAUUCGACGGACGAGGCUUUGUUCCCUCGGUUCUCAUCUCGGUGGACCGUUCACCCUAUGAUGGAACGGGCGAUGGAGCAGCUUAACGUACAGCUCAGUCGGCUGACCCGUUCCCUCCGCCGGGCCAGGACCGUUGAACUCCCGGAAGACAAUGAGACUGCAGUGUACACACUGAUGCCAAUGGUCAUGGCUGACCAGCACAGAUCAGUGUCAGAGCUGCUGCUCAACUCCAAGUUUGAUGUGAACUACGCCUUUGGACGGGUGAAGAGAAGUCUACUUCACAUCGCUGCCAACUGUGGCUCAGUGGAGUGUCUGGUUCUGCUGCUAAAGAGAGGAGCCAACCCAAACUACCAGGACAUCUCCGGCUGUACCCCUCUGCACCUGGCUGCUAGGAAUGGACAGAAGAAGUGUAUGGGCAGACUACUGGAAUAUAAUGCUGAUGUCAACAUCUGCAACAACGAGGGACUGACUGCUAUCCACUGGUUGGCAGUGAACGGGAGGACGGAGCUCCUCCAUGAUCUGGUCCAGCACGUGUCCAACGUGGAUGUGGAGGACGCCAUGGGACAGACAGCUCUACAUGUAGCCUGUCAGAAUGGACACAAAACUACGGUGUUGUGUCUUCUGGACAGUGGAGCUGACAUCAACCGGCCCAACGUCUCUGGAGCCACGCCUCUUUACUUUGCUUGCAGCCAUGGCCAAAGAGACACAGCACAGAUCCUACUCUCUCGAGGUGCCAAAUACCUUGCUGACAAGAAUGGGAUCACUCCUCUGGAUCUCUGUGUGCAGGGUGGAUAUGGGGAGACCUGCGAGAUCCUCAUCCAGCACCACGGCCGGCUUUUCCAGACCCUCAUCCAGAUGACACAAAAUGAUGAAAUGAAAGAGAACAUGCUCCGGCAGGUUCUGGAACAUGUAUCUCAGCAGAGUGACAGUCAUUACCAGAGGAUCUUGACAAGUCUUGCUGAAGUGGCUACCACUAAUGGACACAAGCUUCUCAGCCUGUCCAGCAGUUAUGAAGCCCAAAUGAAGAGUCUGCUGAGAAUCGUUCGUAUUCUCUGCCAUGUGUUCCGCCUGGGGCCUUCAUCACCCAACAAUGGCAACGACAUGGGCUACAAUGGCAACAAGACACCUCGCAGCCAGGUCUUUAAGAUGUGUGCGAGACAGAUGGAGGUGGAGACGGUACAAAAAGAUGAAUGUUCCUGGACAGGUUCUGCUGUCUUUGAUCCAUUGGAGCUGCUGUGGCACUCCCUGGAUGAGUGGCUGGUGCUCAUCUCCACAGAGCUGGAGAAGAACAGGAGGAACCCAUCUUCCUCCUCCUCCAGCAGCGAGAUAGCCUCUCUGCUUCUCAAACAACGGGAGGUCGACCACUCCGGCUCCAAGCCGAAGGUGCCCUCCCUGCUGGACCCUGAAGCCGUCAUGGAAGCAGAGGUGUAUGCCGACGGGGAGGACGUCAUCUCCAUGACAGCCAGUCGGCUCAGUGCAGUGAUCCAGGCCUUCUAUAUGUGCUUCUCCUGUCAGAUGCCACAAGGAAUGACAUCCCCUCGCUUUAUUGAGUUUGUCUGCAAGCAUGAUGAGGUGCUCAAGUGUUUUGUUACCAGGAAUCCAAAGAUCAUCUUUAAUCACUUCCAUUUCCUCCUGGAGUGUCCGGAGUUGAUGUCACGCUUCAUGCACAUUAUCAAGGCCCAGCCCUUUAAGGAUCGCUGUGAAUGGUUCUAUGAGCAUCUGCUGGCCGGCCAGCCAGAUUCAGACAUGGUUCAUCGUCCUGUCAACGAGAACGACAUCCUGCUCAUCCACAGAGAUACCAUAUUCAGGAGUAGCUGUGAGAUGGUUUCCAAGUCCAGCAAUGAGAAACUCAAACAGGGCAUUGCUGUUCGCUUCCACGGAGAGGAGGGGAUGGGCCAGGGUGUGGUUCGGGAGUGGUUUGAUAUCCUGUCCAAUGAGAUCAUCAAUCCAGACUACGCUCUGUUCACUCAGUCAGCUGAUGGUACAACUUUUCAGCCCAACAGCAACUCCUCGGUGAACCCGGACCAUCUGAACUACUUCCAGUUCGCAGGUCACAUCCUGGGUCUGGCUUUGUACCACCGACAGCUGGUCAACAUCUACUUCACCCGCUCCUUCUAUAAACAUAUUCUGGGUAUCCCGGUGAACUACCAGGAUGUGUCAUCCAUUGAUCCAGAGUACGCGAAGAACCUGCAGUGGAUCCUAGACAACGACAUCAGUGACCUGGGUCUGGAGCUCACCUUCUCUGUGGAGACGGAUGUGUUUGGGGCGAUGGAGGAAGUGCCGCUCAAACCAGGAGGGACCAGCAUCCUGGUCACCCAGGACAACAAGGAAGAGUACGUCCAGCUGGUUACAGAGCUGAGGAUGACGCGGGCCAUCCAGCCUCAGAUAAACGCUUUCCUGCAAGGAUUCCACACCUUCAUCCUCCCUUCACUCGUCCAGCUCUUUGACGAAUACGAACUGGAGCUUCUGUUGUCGGGGAUGCCAGAGAUCGAUGUGCAGGAUUGGUGCAGGAACACGGAGUACACCAGUGGCUACGACCCUCAGGAGCCAGUCAUCCAGUGGUUCUGGGAGGUGGUGAACAGUUUGUCCCAGGAGGAACGGGUUCUUCUGCUUCAGUUUGUCACUGGAAGUUCAAGGGUUCCGCACGGUGGCUUUGCCUACUUGAUGGGUGGCAGCGGUUUACAGAAGUUCACCGUUGCUGCCGUGCCAUACACCUCCAGCCUACUGCCUACCUCUAGUACCUGUAUCAACAUGCUGAAACUCCCAGAAUAUCCAAGCCAGGAGGUCCUGAGAGACCGGCUGCUGGUAGCGCUGCAUUGUGGGAGCUAUGGUUACACCAUGGCGUAGUAUCACUCCCUGCUGCUAUGAGGGUUUGCACACUCAUGCAACACUCCCUCCUCCUCAGACUCACUUUUUGUAGCCAGGCACUGCUUUUGCUGGACAAAAAAAGGGAAUUCCAGAUUCCUAAUUAAUGAGCUGCUGGAGAGCCACAACAGACUGAAUAAAGACCACAGGUUCUGGAUCUUCAUACAUGUGCCACAACUUCUAUUAUUUUGAUUGAAGAUGGUAUAUGGUAAUGUAUGCAAAUAAUAUUUGAAUAUCUUCUAAAUUUGAAAAUGAAAUUAAAAUUAAAAAAAAACAGCAUUAAUACCACGAAUCCUCUGCUUUAAAAUCAUGAUCACAAUAAAACAUAUUCAUGCAUGCUUAUCAAAUGUUGAAUAUGGAUUUUGUUUAGGGGCCUUUCCAUAUGGAACCAGUAUAGAAGUGAUCAGUUUCAAACAUAGAAUCAAUCUCAGCGAUCAUAUCCUAAUCCCUGCUGUCUUUAAUGGGCCUUAAUCAGGCCCACAUUCCAGCAAACUGGUACAAUAGAACAAAUUAAUUUCAUUUUCACCUGGUUUUAAGAUUUUCUUUUUUGUCAACUCCAGAUUUAAACAAUCCAUGGAUUUUGGGCUGGUAGCUCUUUUCCACUACCAAAAGCACUUCCCAUCAGGGCUGGGUAUUAUCAGCAGUUUAAGAUGCCAAGGAGCCAAUAUGACACCUUGUUUUUUUUUAUACCAUAAUGCAAGAAACCAAAAUCUUUUACUUUGUCCAUCAAAAUGAGCCAAACUUACAAAAUACAGAUAAAUCACUGCACUAUGGAACAAAAAAGUAUGUGGACAGCUUUACAUACAUACAUGAUGCGUGGUAGUUGAUCAUGUCAUCUGGAACCAUAGACCUGCAGGGACGUGGAACUGGCUUUAUAUACGUUGAAACCAGAAAGGCUCAAACACAAACUGUGUCUAUCAUUUUAAUGUUGUAGUAUUCAAAUUGAUCAUAAUUGGAACUAUGGAGCCCUAACCAAGGGAAAUGGACCCAAAUCAAAAGUACACUCAAGUAUAUGGACAUGUGUAAAUCAUCAAAUAAUGAUUAUUAUUAUUGUUAUUAUUAUUAUUAUUCUAGUAACACAUGGUGGGCAUUUUACAGCUUGGUUUCAGUAUUUCUAGUAUGAAUGUAUUUAAAUUGAGCUAUAUUAGAUGAACAAAUAAAAUAAAGGAUUCAGUAUUUCCCCACCAUUAGUUUGUCCUGUGAGUGCUGAAAGGUGUAAAUGACCAGUUCACUGUAUAAAUCAAAUAUGUGUAGCGUGAGUUUGGGUGGUGGUGAUGGAUUCAGGACCUUAGUAUUUCUAAAAUAUUGACAUCAUAAACACAAAUAUGACACCGAAAGUUAAUCAAAUUUAAUUAAUUAAAUUAAAUUCAAAUGCACGUCCAGGAUACAUUUUUAUGGAUUUCUUAGCAAAACUAGUUUUAAUUUAAUUUUGAGUUGAAUGUAAUGGAUCUAAACUGGACUCAUCCCACUGGGCUUGAGGAGGCCCAGCUGUAGGUAUUGGACGGACUGUAUGGCUGAUGUUCUGUCUAAAUAGCUGUAUGACCACACCUUCCAUCCCUCUAGCGUCACAUGCAGGUGGUUUACAAUGUGAAAUUCUUUUUUAUCUUUGAAAUGAGUAUUUUGCUGUUCUUGUUUGGUAGACUUUCAUGAGGGGCAAUACAAUAUAUCUACAUGAUAAAUGUUUGGCUCGCAGUGCCAAAAGACAAAAGCUGAAAUAAUUUGAAAUACCUUCUUUAGUUUGUAUUUUUGCUCUCUUAAUUCUAAAAGAGGCAAGGACCAUGCCAUGACGUUUUCCUUCUUUAUAUUUGUAAAGGGAGUACAUGUUGGCUUAAUAUUUCAUAUUAUCUAUCAGUGUUGUUUUGAGGAACUUGCCUCAAAUGCUUUUGUAAACUGCUGUUAAUGUUUAUUAAAAAUGUAUCCUUUAUAGGUAUUUCUGUAAAUGUCUAUAGUAUCAAAUUAUGCAUAUUACCAGUCAAAUAUGUUUGCUUUGAGAU